AUGUAUUUCCUUUAUACUGUUUUUGCUUCUUUAGGUUUCUUUUUUCUUUUAAAAUGGACGAAAAAAAGGAGAUAUUUCACGGAGCUGAAAAGACUCGAUGGUAAAACGGUUCUUAUUACAGGUGGUAAUUCUGGUAUUGGUAAGGAGACAGCUGUUGCUCUGGCCAUGAGAGGUGCCCGUGUCAUCAUUGCUUGCAGGGACCACAUCAAGGCUGAGAAGGCUGUGAGAGAGAUCAAACUCAGGAGUCACUCUCUCGAUGUCUUCCACAUGGAGCUGGAUCUGGCCAGCCUGCGCUCUGUAAGGGAAUUCUGCAAAAACUUCCUCGAGAGAGAAAAGAGGCUUGACGUCCUGAUCAAUAAUGCAGGCAUGCCCGGUGUCCUCGACUGGACCGACGAUGGCUUCAGCAUGUGCUUUGGUGUCAACCAUUUGGGUCACUUCCUCUUAACUAAUCUGUUUCUGCCUCGACUGAAGGAAUGCGCCCCCAGCCGUGUUGUAACACUCACAUGUUCCAGCUACAAAUAUCAGAAAUUGGACUUCCAGGACCUCAACUACAAUCUGCUGCCAUUCUUCACCUACUGCCGCAGCAAGCUGGCCAACAUCUACUUCAGUCAGGAGCUGGCCAGCAUCACUGAGGGAAAAGGAGUCACUUCCUGUGCUGUGCACCCUGGUUUUGUUCAGAGCAGCUGGACAGUCCACUACUCGUUCCUGUUCCGGAUGCUGAUGCAGGUGAUCAUGUGGAUGUUUUUUGUGCCGUGUGAGAUCGGAGCGCAGACCGUCACCUACUGUGCCGUGUCAGAUGAAGCUGCCAAGCACAGCGGAGGUUACUUUGUCGACUGCCAGCCGGCCCCUCUGAGGCCUUUUGCAAGAGACGCUGGUGUGGCAAAGAAACUGUGGGAGGCCAGUGAGAGACUGGUGAAACUGGUCUGAAGCAGGAGCUGAGGAAUCUGGAAUCUCUUCAAAAGUUCAACA